AUGAAAAAUCUGAGUAUGACCAAAUAUAUAGAUAAAACAAAAUGUGUGUUCGAAAUAGAACCGUUAACGCGUGUGAAGGUGAAGGAAAACGUUACAAAUAAUGAAAAAUCUGCAUUACAAAUCAUAGCGAUAUUAACAGGAUCGUUCGUUGCAUUUACCAGUGGACUGCUCUACGCUUGGCCUUCUCCUUUUUUACUUAAGAUUACUCAAGAUAAGGUAAAUUACAAUAUAUCUGAAAAUGAAGCCUCCUACUUUACUAUCACACACGCAGCAGGAAUGCUCAUUUUACCCAUCUUUUUGGUGUCAAUUUCCCAAAUUAUUGGCAGAAAAACUAUUCUAAACUUAUCAACUGUGCCUUAUAUUAUAAGUUUUAUUUUAAAAGCUUUUUGUACAAAUAUAUGGUUACUGUAUUUGGCGAGGUUUCUUGCUGGAGCUGGAGAUGCGAUAGUGUUUGCUGCGCUUCCUGUAUACAUAGGGGAAAUUUCGACACCUAAAAUACGAGGCAUAUGGGGAAACUCUUUUAUAAUUGCUGUAUUUUUAGGACAAUGUGGAAUGAAUAUUAUUGGGAGCUAUUGCAAUGUACAAUUGACAUCUUAUAUAGGUUUAGCUAUACCAGUUCUAUUUUUAAUAAUUUUUAGUUUUAUGCCUGAAUCUCCAUAUUAUCUAAUAAUGCGAAACAGACUUGAAGACGCAAAAUCUAGUUUAAGGUGGUUAAGAUGUAAGGAAGACGUAGAAUCUGAAUUUACAGUUAUGAAAGUAUCUGUUGAAAAACAAUCACAAGAAUGUGGUUCCUGGAAAGAUCUAAUAAGCAUCAAAGCCAACAGAAAAGCAUUAACUGCUGGCGUAUUUCUGAGAAUAUCACAACUGCUCACGGGUGUUUAUGUUUUUGCUGCAUAUACUCAAUUUAUUUUUGCUAAAGCAGGAGGUAAUAUUAGUCCUCAAAUGUCAGCUAUAAUUUACACUGGAGUCACUGUUCUUAUGUAUUCAUGUGCAGCAUAUUUAUCUAAUAAAAUGGGACGAAGAAAGGCGUAUAUGAUAUCAAUAUUUCUGGCAGGAAUUGUAGUUUUAUCCGAAGCUACAUAUUUUUACUUAGAUACGGUACAUACAGAAAUUAACUUGGAAUCCUGGAAAUGGUAUCCUUUAGUGGGUAUGCUUCUAUUUGUAGUAGUUUCCUCGUUUGGAGUGGGAAUUAUACCAACAUUAAUGUUGGGUGAACUGUUUGCAACCAGUAUUAAAUCUAAAGGUAUUAGUGUUCUUACUUGUACGUUUGCAGGCAGUAUAAUUAUAACCAAUAAUAUUUUCUAUUACUUAAAUUCUGCUACUGGUCUAUAUGGACCAUUUUACCUGUUUGGUUUUUGUAAUAUUGUUUUUACUUUUAUUGCUUACUACGUUGUACCUGAAACUAAAGGAAAGACGUUAGACGAAAUUCAACAGAUUUUAAAUGAUAUGUAA